AUGGCGUCUAGCGGCGGCGGCUCCUGCGGGGCAGACAAGGACGACGGGGCGGAGCGCUCGAGCGAUGUCUCGACCGUUUUGGUGAUGCCGCCGAGCUCGCAGGCCGCGCCGCCCGACGACGACGUCGUGGCCUCGGGCUGCUGCUGCUGCUGCUGCUGGCGCCGGCUCGCCGCCGGCUCCGUGCACGACGACGAGAAGGCGUGA